UUCCACAUUUUCGGUCACAAUGCGUACUGGUCCAAGGGGUCAACGAUUCCAUCCAGAGACGCUGGAUUUCCGUGCUCUUCCCGCCGAUUGCUUCGCCGCCAUCAUCUCCUUAACCAGUCCUCUCGAUGCCUGCAGAUGGUCACUAGUUUCCCCCUUUUUCAACUCUGUCGCCAGUUCCGACGCCGUUUGGGUUAAGUUUUGCCGGCCGACUAUCAGAAUUUGGUUCCCGUAUCGCGCUUCGUUUCUCCCUUGAAGGACCUUUAUCUCAGCCUCUGCGAUCAUCCUGUGCUCAUUGAAAAUGGCAAAAAGAUUAACUAAAUCAGACUAAAGACGAGGGAGUACAUGUUUUCUUAAUAAAAUCUUACAGUCCUAAAUCUUACAAUCUUAGGUAGUGUUAAUCAUUGGCUCUUUUCAGUUUUUCACUCAGCAAGGUACUUGACUCGACAUAUGCAUAUUGUAAGAUUUCAUUGUUUGGACUGAGUAUGAAUCAUAAGCUUAAAAAAACCAAAUUCUGAUAAUGCCUUCCUUUUCCAAUCAAUUGCUGUGUGUAGCUAAUUGAGCUACACGCUUUUUGUCUGCUGUAAAUGGUUUUUCCUAAGAACUUUUAACAUUUUUUUUACAAACUUUUUGAGGACUUUUAACAUUGAUUUUGUUUGUGUAGCUAUAUAUGGCUUGUUAAGAAUCCAUGACUUGGUGUAAUUUUCUUUUGUGUCGAUAGUCCAGAAUUCAUGUCUAUAUGAAGCAGCUAACCACAAGGAUUUUUAUUGGUAUAAUUUACAAAACUUAUGGAUGUGUUGCCUGGUUAUUCAAGGCUUCUUUUUUUGGGAAUAUGCUUGCUAGAGGAUUAUGUUCUUGUUGGUGAUGUAAUAAUGAUUAAUGAUGAUUAUGUCCUUUCUAUGAACCAGUUGAGUGUUUAAAUGUAUAACCUGUAUUGCAUAGAGCUUUUCACUGCACAAAAGGAGUGGGAAGAAAUGUUACAUGCUAGCUGCCAGGGGUGAUACUCCUCGUUAUUGGAGAUGGAACUCCAUAUGAGAUUCCAGAAGGUGAAGAUGUACAAAAUGAUUACGGAUACCCAAUAGAGAGGGGAGACAGUUGCUCAGAGCUAGAGUUGGGUGAAUUCUUCAAUGAAGGAGGUGAAGAUGACAAAUUGAAAGUAUGAAUUUUUCGUUUCAAUGGUCACUGGAAGAGCGGUGUCAUUAUUAAAGGCAUUGAAAUCUGGCCAAAUUAGCAGGACAUGACAAGAUUUUCUUCCACCCUAUGUAUUUAUGUGGGGGAAAAAAUUGCUCCUCCUGUUAGAUUGUGAGUGUCAUGCACUAGUCUUCAUACAUGUAUGAGUUCUACUGUUCUCUAGACGCAGUCUGAAUCUUUAUUUGAACAUUGUACGUAUAAUCUGUAGUGUUCAUAACUAGUUUUGAUUUGAUUUAGGGAAGAGCACUUUUAGGACUUAUUGAAGUCCGUGAGGACAAGCAUUUCAGGAAUACCUGAUUUUUUUGAGCUCAGAACGCAAGGUGAGUUCUAUAAACUAUAUCAAAUGUAAGGGCGCCCUUUUCCAUUAAAAAAAAAAAAAAAAAAAAGCCUUUGGUUGUAUUAUUGUUCAAUGUUCUUCUACCCUUCUGAUUGAAGCUUAUAAAACUAGCUAGGAUUG